AUGCAACUAAAUAAUAAUGUGACUGAGUUCAUUCUGCUGGGGUUGACACAGGAUCCACUUAGGAAGAAAAUAGUGUUUGUUGCUGUCUUCAUGUCCUAUUUGGGGACAUUGCUGGGAAAUUUGCUGAUCAUUACGACCAUCAAGAGCAGCCAGGCACUUGGGAGUCCAAUGUACUUCUUCCUUUUCUAUUUAUCAUUGUCUGAUACCUGCUUCUCUACUUCCAUAGCUCCUAGAAUGAUUGUGGAUAGCCUUUUGAAAAAGGCCGCUAUUUCUUUCAGUGAAUGCAUAAUCCAAGUCUUUUCAUUCCAUUUCUUUGGCUGCCUGGAGAUCUUCAUCCUUAUCCUCAUGGCUGCUGACCGCUAUGUGGCCAUCUGUAAGCCCCUGCACUACACAGCCAUCAUGAGCCACAGAGUCUGUAGUAUUUUGGUGGCUGUGGCCUGGGUGGGAUCCUGUGUGCAUUCUCUAACUCAGAUUUUCCUGGCCCUGAGUUUGCCUUUCUGUGGUCCCAAUGUGAUUGAUCACUAUUUCUGUGACUUGGAGCCCUUGUUAAGCCUUGCCUGCUCAGAUACUUAUGUGAUCAACCUCCUUCUGGUGUCCAAUAGUGGGGCUAUUUGCAUAGUGAGUUUUGUCAUGCUGAUGAUUUCCUAUGCGAUCAUCCUGCAUUCCCUGAGGAACCACAGUGCUGAAAGCAGGAAAAAAGCCCUCUCUACCUGUAUCUCCCACAUCAUUGUGGUUAUCUUAUUUUUUGGACCUUGCAUAUUUAUAUAUACACGUCCUGCAACCACAUUCCCUAUGGAUAAAUUGAUAGCUGUGUUUUAUUCUCUUGGAACACCAUUGCUCAAUCCUCUGAUUUACACCUUGAGGAAUGCAGAAGUGAAAAAUGCCAUGAAGAAGUUGUGGAGGAAGAAAUUAAUCUCAGAUGAUGUAAGAUGA